GGACAAGAAACUUUGGCUGUUUCAUUCUCGCUGGCAAGAAAUGUUCUCUGUGGCAAUGAGCAAGAAUCUUCUCUUCUGCGCUCUCGCGCUCUCCUUGUCUUCCUUGCAACUCGCCGUUGCUUACCUUCCUCCUUCCAUGUCCCUUUCUCUCCGGAGCAACAGGCUCUCGACCAUGUGCAUGUGCUCUUCGGAGCCGAUCGAGAAAAUCACAGUUUGCACUGGACCAACAUGCUCGAGGAACGGUGGGGGAAAGCCGCUGCUCAAGAUGUUUCAAGAGAUGGCGCCGGAGGGAGUUGAGGUAGACUCUGUAAAGUGCGUCUCGGAGUGCGCCGAGUGCGGGCUGGGACCCAACGUCGAGGUCAUCCGCAAGGGGGAGGAAGGACCUUUUGCGGGCAAGAUCAUCAACGGCGUGAAGACGGCGGAGGAUGUGGAGAAGAUUCUCGGGGCUCAACAGGUCAAGAAGUGAAGCCUUCAAGGCUCAACUGCCAACUCUCAAGAUUUGCGAAGGAGAGGUGAGAAAGCGCUAAGGCUCCGAGCAGACGCCGAGCUCGUAUCGCAAUGAAGGGAAGGGCGC